AACAAGCUGUCGUUUCACGAGCGGCCUAUUCUCUCUGCCGAGCAACUCGUCACAAUAGCGCCAUUGUUUCUCUGUCAAAUGACCGGCCACGGCCUGCUCUUCGCACAUUCCCUCUUACUCUUAUCGUCUUCUUCACUACACUGGCAUCAGCGCCAGGUUCCCUGUCUUAACCAUGGAAUCGGCCUUUAAUGAUUAUGAGAAGCGCUUCUUGCUCGCCGAGAUGAUCAAACUCAGCCCGCUGGAUGUGGGCGUCCUCGUGGACUUUGUCAGGUCGCAUGGGAUUCAGCCAGAUUGGAUGCACAUGCAGCUGCCAGGAGGCCGCAACAUGAGUCAAUGCCUCCACGCGGCAGAGGCCAUGUUCAACACGCCGAUGGCCCCGCCCUCGCCCUUGGUCGGUUCGCUGAAGCGAAAAUCCCUGGGCGAUCUGCCUGAUUACGGGGCCAACAAAAGACAGGCUAUUUUGUCCCCGGGUGAGCUGUCGCCGCAUGGGUUUGCGCCAGGCCCUCAGUCUGCCCCCGCAGCGCAGCCUGUCAAUAUCCAGCCACGCCCCAACGGCUAUGCCCCGGCGCUUCAGCCUGCUGCACCGUCUGUGUCUGCUGCGCCGUACAAUCCAUCCCCGACAGCACGCAGACGUGGGCGACCUCCAAAGUCGGCGCAGAGCUCGUGGCAGAUAUCGACUUACCCGAGUAUCUCGCCUGCCCCUAGCGCGACUCAACCGAACAGCCCGAGCCUGCAGUCCCACGCAGUACAACACCAGCCCGCAGCUCAGAGCCCUGCCGAACCAAAGCGGGCCAAAAAAGCGCUACCCGAGAUCGCUCCCCGACCGCUACAGGCCCUGCCAACCAUGGAGCCUGGCAACAGGUCACCGGCAGUGCCGGGAGCUGACUACCAGCAUUGGCGGGAUGAGACGACUUGCCGGGAUAACUACCAACUUCAAGCUACCGAACCCCACCCGCGAGAGCGCAGUACAUCGUCCUAUACACCGAUUCAACCUCGUGCCCGGAGCCCGUUCCCGCCCUCACGUGAUCCGGCACGCGCUGCGUCAAGAGAGCCGCGGCACUACACAGACACCCCUCCACCGGCCGUCCAAGAGCCGGUGAACAAGGAAACCCAGUCAACAGCGACAGAGCAGGCCAAGACAUAAUGCCACCAAUGCUUUCUGCCCUCUCUAUAAGCAGCCCCAGCAACGGCGGCGGCGGCAGUACUCCCGCCUCUUU